AUGGCAGAAACAUCUCAACGUGGCAUCAGGAUCGCCAUUGACAGAGGAGGUACCUUCACAGAUUGUGUAGGAGAGCACAAUGGAAAGGAAAUCAUCAUCAAGCUCCUAUCUGAAGAUCCGGCCAACUACAAGGAUGCCCCGCUUGAAGGUAUUCGUCGGAUUAUGAGCCACUUCCUCGGCCGAGAUAUCCCUCGAGGUGAAGCUUUGGAUACUACCAAGAUCGACUCUAUUCGAAUGGGAACAACAGUUGCCACAAAUGCUUUGCUUGAACGAAAAGGCGAGAAGAUCGCUAUGGUUGUGACCAAGGGUUUCAAGGAUUGCUUGACUAUUGGAAAUCAGUCAAGACCAAAGAUCUUCGAUCUUGCCAUUCGAAAACCUGAUGUUUUGUAUGAGAAAGUGGUCGAGAUUGAUGAGCGAGUUACACUUGAGGAUUAUGCCGAAGAUCCCGAGAGGAAGCAAACUGAGACCGAAGCCCAAGUUGGUACUAAAGAAGCAGAAGGCAAGACUUUGGUCCGAGGCUUGUCGGGCGAAACAGUGAGAAUUCUUAAACGAGCUGAGGAAGAAGAUGUUCGGUCAAAACUCAAGGAUGUUUACGAUCAAGGCAUUCGCAGUAUCGCUGUGUGUCUCAUGCACGGCUAUACUUACCCCGACCACGAGGCUUUAAUUGGUCGUGUAGCCAAAGACAUCGGGUUUCAGCACAUCUCACUCAGCCAUGAGCUUAUGCCUAUGAUCAAGUUGGUGUCUCGAGCUACAUCUGUAUGUGCCGAUGCGUAUCUCACACCGGCCAUUCGCAAGUAUAUCGAUGGUUUCCAGGCUGGAUUCGAAGGGGGCCUUGGAACCCGCAGCGUGAAAGAAGAAAAGGGUGCCAAGGGAGCAAGAUGUGAGUUUAUGCAGAGUGAUGGCGGUCUGGUCGAUGUGGAAAAGUUCACUGGCUUGAAGGCAAUCUUGUCUGGUCCUGCUGGAGGUGUGGUGGGAUAUGCGAUAACUUCAUAUGAUGAAGAAACGAAGACUCCGGUUAUUGGUUUCGAUAUGGGCGGUACUAGUACGGAUGUUUCGAGAUACGGCGAAGGACGAUAUGAGCACGUCUUUGAAACGACAACUGCCGGUGUAACCAUUCAAUCUCCCCAACUGGAUAUCAACACUGUUGCAGCAGGUGGCGGAUCUCGUCUCUUCUUCAGAAAUGGUCUUUUCGUCGUCGGACCCGAGUCUGCAGGCGCUCACCCUGGUCCUGCGUGUUAUCGCAAGGGAGGACCGGCCACAGUCACUGAUGCUAACCUGGUUCUUGGCCGCCUACUUCCUGAGUUCUUCCCCAAGAUCUUUGGAGAGAAUGAAGACGAGGGACUGGAUAUUGAAGCUAGCAGAAAGGUCCUCCAAGAAUUGGCUGAUCAGGUCAACCGGGAGAGUGACAAGAACCUGUCAGCUGAUGAAGUGGCAUAUGGAUUCCUGACUGUUGCAAAUGAAACGAUGACUCGGCCUAUUCGAUCCAUCACUGAAGCCAAGGGUCAUGAUUCUUCUAAGCAUCGACUUGCUACUUUUGGAGGUGCAGGUGGUCAGCAUGCUGUCGCCAUUGCAGAGUCCCUCGGCAUUCAGCAAAUUCUGGUCCAUCGAUACUCCUCAGUACUCUCCGCCUAUGGAAUGGCUCUUGCAGACGUUGUAGAUGAGCGACAGGAGCCUGACUCUUUGGUAUGGAAGGAUGGCGACAGUACAGUCAACGAACUGAAGAAGAAGAUGGAGAAGCUCAAGGAUCAAUCUCGAAAGUCGUUGCAGGACCAAGGAUUCCAAGAAGAUGAAAUAGCCUUUGAAGAGUAUCUCAACAUGAGAUACCGUGGUACUGAAUCAGCUCUCAUGAUAGUCAGACCAACACCAGAGGAAGCCAAGGAACACUUUGAUGGGAAAGAAUGGGACUUUGGGCAAGCUUUUGUUAAGCAGCACAGAUACGAAUUUGGCUUUACACUGGAUGAGCGGGAUAUCAUUAUCGAUGAUGUCCGUGUCCGCGGUAUCGGCAAGAGUUUCCGACACCAGGACGAUACAGUGGAUAAGCAGCUCAAAGAUCUCAAGCAGCAGGAAGUCUCUGAUAAGAAGAAGCUCAACAGUCAACAGGUUUACUUUGAGGGUGGUAGAAAGGAAACUCCAAUUUUCAAGCUUGAGGAUCUUGAAGUUGGCGAUUCCAUUCCUGGACCUGCCAUGCUUGCGGACGGUACACAGACGAUUGUAGUAACACCAAAAGCAACGGCGAUUAUCCUCAAGACUCAUGUAGUCAUCAACUUGGAGAAGGAGGGCAAAAAGUCUGAGUCUGCUAAGGCGUCUGCUGAUCGGGAGGUAGACCCUAUCAUGCUGAGCAUCUUCGGCCAUCGUUUCAUGGCUAUUGCUGAGCAGAUGGGUCGUGCCCUACAAAAGACCAGCGUUAGUACAAAUGUCAAAGAGAGACUCGACUUUUCUUGUGCUAUAUUCGACGCAACCGGUGGCCUCGUAGCCAAUGCUCCCCAUCUGCCCGUGCAUCUCGGCUCAAUGUCCACAUGUGUUCGACGCCAGGCAGAGAUCUGGAAAGGAAAGUUGGAGAAGGGCGAUGUCAUCAUCUCUAACCAUCCUUCGUACGGAGGAACUCACCUUCCCGAUGUGACUCUGUUGAUGCCGGCUUUUGAUGAGAAGGGAGAAAACAUCCUCUUCUAUGCUGCCUCGAGAGCUCAUCAUGCUGAUAUUGGUGGUAUCAGUGCAGGCAGCAUGCCUCCUCACUCACGAGAGCUGUACCAAGAGGGUGCUUCUAUCAGGAGUGAGAAGCUUGUCAGUGGGGGCAAGUUCAACGAGAAGCGAGUGGUAGAGCUGUUCUAUGAAGAGCCUGCCAAAUACCCUGGAUGCAGUGGAACUCGUUGUUUGGCUGACAACAUCAACGACUUGAGAGCCCAGGUAUCUGCCAACCAGAAGGGUAUCUCGUUGAUCGAGACUCUAAUUGCCGAGUAUGGCGAAGAGACAGUACAGUUUUACAUGGUCCACAUCCAGAACAACGCCGAGCAAUGUGUGCGUCAACUACUCAAGGACGUGCAUAAGCGAUUUGAAGGCAAAGAUCUUUCAUCAGUCGACUUUAUGGAUGAUGGUUCUCCUAUUAGACUGAAGAUCCGAAUCGACCCGGAAAAGGGAGAAGCCGAAUUCGAUUUCGCUGGUACUGGACCUGAGGUUUACGGUAACAUCAAUGCACCACAAGCCAUCACAUUCAGUGCUAUCAUCUACUGUCUACGAUGUCUUAUCUCGGAGGAUAUCCCUCUGAAUCAGGGAUGCUUGAAACCUAUUCACGUCAAGAUUCCUCCAAAGUCUAUCUUAUCGCCUUCUCCCGGUGCAGCUGUCGUUGGAGGAAACGUGCUUACUAGUCAGCGUAUCACGGAUGUCAUUUUCAAGGCUUUCCAGGCGUGCGCUGCCAGUCAGGGCUGUUGUAACAAUCUGACAUUCGGAUUUGGCGGCAACCAAGAUGGAGCCGAAGCAGUCAAGGGCUUCGGUUAUUACGAGACGAUUGCUGGUGGAAGUGGUGCAGGAUCUGACUGGGAGGGUACAAGCGGUGUUCACUGCCACAUGACCAACACUCGCAUCACAGAUUCAGAGAUCUUCGAGAGACGAUACCCCGUGCUUCUUCGCGAAUUCUCCAUCCGCUCCGGUUCAGGAGGUCGAGGUCAACAUCGCGGUGGUGACGGUGUCAUCCGCGACAUCGAGUUCCGCAUUCCUCUCCAAGUCUCCAUCCUCAGCGAGCGCCGCGUCUACCGCCCUUACGGCCUAAAUGGAGGCGGCGACGGAGAAUGCGGUCUAAAUCUCUGGGUUAGAAACGUUGAAAAGGCAAACUGGGAGACAUCCCUGAAGCAGUUUCAUACCAAGGAGGACGCGGGCGAGGUGGAGUAUGAGGAGAGACGGAUUAACAUGGGUGCCAAGAACACAGCUUCGAUGAAGGCUGGAGAUCGUAUUAUUAUUUGCACGCCUGGAGGAGGUGCUUGGGGAGCUGAGGGCUCUGAAAGUGUAGCUAAGAAGAAGGUUGAUCAUACUGAAGCUUGGAGGAAAGGAAGUGGUAGUGCGAGGGAUGAAACUGCGCUUCAGGCUUAG